UCAAUCGUUGGAUUCUGGGAAGAGGCGAAGAGCCUUCAACCCGAAAAAAAAAAAAAUAAAAACAAAAAUUUCUGGAAAGAGAUAGAGAGAAGAAAGAGAGAAAGCGUGGGUGACUUGGUUUCGUUGGUUGCUUCUCUCUUCUCUCCCUCAAUCUCUGGUCGUUCACCUCAGAAAUUGGUUCAAAUUUUAGGCAACGCGGGCAGCAGCGACGACGACCAUCAUGAACGAGAAGGCCAACGUCUCCAAAGAGCUUAAUGCCAAGCACAAGAAGAUAUUGGAAGGGCUUCUUAAGUUGCCAGAGAACAGGGAAUGCGCCGACUGUAAAUCCAAGGGUCCAAGGUGGGCGAGUGUGAAUCUUGGAAUCUUUAUAUGCAUGCAGUGUUCUGGAAUCCACCGAAGUCUUGGGGUACACAUAUCAAAGGUUCGGUCUGCGACACUGGAUACAUGGCUUCCAGAGCAGGUUGCUUUCAUUCAAUCAAUGGGAAAUGAAAAGGCAAAUAGCUAUUGGGAAGCAGAAGUACCCCCAAAUUAUGACAGAGUUGGGAUAGAGAACUUCAUUCGUGCAAAGUAUGAAGAGAAAAGAUGGAUUCUAAGGGAUGAUGGGAAGCAGAAAUCACCUUCAAGGGUGCAGGAAGAGAGAAUUUCUGUACAUAGGCAGAGACCUGGAGGCAAAAGCAGUGUUGGAUUCACCAACAAUGCAGAAAAUUCAAGUGAGGAGAGGAAGAGCACUACUCCACCAGUUACAAGAAGCAAUAUUUCUGCUAUAAAGAGUAGCAUUCCUGCACCUCCUAAAGCAACUGAUCAGGUGUCCCCUGAUCCAAGACUGGAGCCUGUUGUGCAGAAGGAAGAACCAGUAGUGCCUAAGUCUGAAUCAACAAUGCAAGCAGCUUAUGCUACAGCCGUUGCCUCACCUCCAAAAGUUGAUUAUGCCAUUGAUCUUUUUAACAUGCUCUCAAUGGAUGGUCCAACUGAAAAUGGCACUGACAAAUCUUCCGUCGAUGAUAAUGCAUGGGCUGGCUUCCAAUCUGCAGAAGCAUCGUCCACAACAGAGACGGUUAGUUCUACUAAACCAGUUGAAAAUAAGACCUCUUCUACAUCUGGAAUUGAGGAUCUCUUUAAAGAUGCACCAUCAGCUACAUCCACUCCAGUUUCAGAGAAACCACAAAAAGAUGUCAAGAAUGACAUUUUGAGCCUCUUUGAAAAGUCAGACAUGAUGUCUCCAUUUUCCAUCCAUCAACAGCAACUUGCAAUGCUGGCGCAGCAUCAGUCCCUUCUUAUGGCUGCGGCAGCUAAGUCCAGUGGUGCGGCCCCAGUAAUUCCUGGCAAUUCUCAGCAACCUAGCUCUAAUGGCAUCAGUGCACUUGGAGCCAGCUCGCCAGCUCAAAACUGGCCAAAUGUAGGGUAUCAAAUACCUGGAAUGCCAGUGCCAGGAAUUGGGCCAAAUCAGUUCCAGAAAUUUGUACAGGUUGGAAACAUAAGACCGACAAAUACAGCAGUGAACCCGAUUCCUUUUCCGUCUUCCAACAGCAUGUAUAAUAUAGGAUCAGUUGGUGCAAUCAAUGGAGUAGCUACCGGUGGAGUCAAUGAACCAUCCUCUGCAUCUUCAGUCGCUUCUGUUUCUUCUACCCAAACAGGAAAAGAGUAUGAUUUCUCGUCAUUGAUGCAGGGGAUGUUCUCAAACCAGAGGCAGUGACAGUAGUGAAGGAAACAGAUUUGUAUUAUAACACCAGGUUACUAAAUUUACCGGAAACAUAGCCCUUUGGCUUUGGGGGAUUCUUCUGUGUCGAGAUGGUAAAGCUCUUUGUAGAGGCAGUUUCAGUUUUUAUUUUUUCUUAAAAUAUCAUUUAUCCCCUUUAAUUUGGAAAGUGGCUUCAUUUGUACCAGUUGUGUAUUUGGAUCAAUAAAGAUCGGAUAAAGAUUGUUUGGACA